CCUCCACCACUACCCUCCUCACCACCACCUCCACCACCACCCUCCUCACCACCACCUCUACCACUACCCUCCUCACCACCACCUCCACCACUACCCUCCUCACCACCACCUCCACCACUACCCUCCUCACCACCAUCUCUACCACUACCCUCCUCACCACCACCUCCACCACUACCCUCCUCACCACCACCUCCACCACUACUCUCCUCACCACCACCCUCCUCACCACCACCUCUACCACUACCCUCCUCACCACCACCUCCACCACUACCCUCCUCACCACCACCUCCACCACCACCCUCCUCACCACCACCUCCACCACUACCCUCCUCACCACCACCUCCACCACCCUCACCACCACCUCCACCACUACCCUCCUCACCACCACCUCCACCACCACCCUCCUCACCACCACUUCCACCACCACCCUCCUCACCACCACCUCUACCACUACCCUCCUCACCACCACCUCCACCACUACCCUCCUCACCACCACCUCCACCACUACCCUCCUCACCACCAUCUCUACCACUACCCUCCUCACCACCACCUCCACCACUACCCUCCUCACCACCACCUCCACCACUACUCUCCUCACCACCACCCUCCUCACCACCACCUCCACCACUACCCUCCUCACCACCACCUCCACCACCACCCUCCUCACCACCACCUCCACCACUACCCUCCUCACCACCACCUCCACCACUACCCUCCUCACCACCACCUCUACCACUACCCUCCGCACCACCACCUCCACCACUACCCUCCUCACCAUCACCUCCACCACUACCCUCCUCACCACCACCUCCACCACCACCCUCCUCACCACCACCUCUACCACUACCCUCCUCACCACCACCUCCACCACUACCCUCCUCACCACCACCUCCACCACUACCCUCCUCACCACCAUCUCUACCACUACCCUCCUCACCACCACCUCCACCACUACCCUCCUCACCACCACCUCCACCACUACUCUCCUCACCACCACCCUCCUCACCACCACCUCUACCACUACCCUCCUCACCACCACCUCCACCACUACCCUCCUCACCACCACCUCCACCACCACCCUCCUCACCACCACCUCCACCACUACCCUCCUCACCACCACCUCCACCACUACCCCCCCCCCCACCACCUCCACCACUACCCUCCUCACCACCACCUCCACCACUACCACCAUCUCCACCACCUCCACCACUACCCUCCUCACCACCACCUCCACCACUACCACCAUCUCCACCACCUCCACCACGACCACCAUCUCCACCCCCUCACCACCACCACCACCGUUCUCUUAACACUAAGGCCGACGCGCUGUCCUGUCUCUAUGACACUGAGGACCGGUCCAUCAAUCCAACUCCCAUCCUUCCAGCUUCUAGGCUGGUGGCUCCGGUGGUAUGGGAGGUGGACAUCGAGCGGGCGUUGCGGUUGGAACCUGCGCCCUCACAGUGUCCGACCGGCCUCAGACAGAAACACAGGGAAGUAGUGGUCUCAGAAGAACAGAAACACAGGGAAGUAGUGGUCUCAGAAGAACAGAAACACAGGGAAGUAGUGGUCUCAGAAGAACAGAAACACAGAGAAGUAGUGGUCUCAGAAGAACAGAAACACAGGGAAGUAGUGGUCUCAGAAGAACAGAAACACAGGGAAGUAGUGGUCUCAGAAGAACAGAAACACAGAGAAGUAGUGGUCUCAGAAGAACAGAAACACAGGGAAGUAGUGGUCUCAGAAGAACAGAAACACAGAGAAGUAGUGGUCUCAGAAGAACAGAAACACAGGGAUGUAGUGGUCUCAGAAGAACAGAAACACAGGGAAGUAGUGGUCUCAGAAGAACAGAAACACAGGGAAGUAGCGGUCUCAGAAGAACAGAAACACAGAGAAGUAGUGGUCUCAGAAGAACAGAAACACAGGGAAGUAGUGGUCUCAGAAGAACAGAAACACAGAGAAGUAGUGGUCUCAGAAGAACAGAAACACAGGGAAGUAGUGGUCUCAGAAGAACAGAAACACAGGGAAGUAGUGGUCUCAGAAGAACAGAAACACAGGGAAGUAGUGGUCUCAGAAGACCAGAAACAAGAGCAGUGUAAACGAAACAUCACCUGUCGAUUGGGCCUCAUCUCUGAUGAAUCCCCCAGUGUUGUCUGGCACGACUCCACGCUGUCUGAUAGACUGAGCCGCCUCUCUAUCUCGUCCAGCCCUCCCAUGAUGCCUCAGAAGGUGAUCAGCUGUCUGACUGAGCGGGGUCUCCUGGGUGUGCUGGUGGUCGUCACCUUCCAGAUGAGAUCAUCCUCUGCAGUUUGCUUCCCUGUGAGGCCCCUUCGCACCCGCCUGUGUGUGAUGUGUGCUGCGCCUGGGGUCCAGGCAGGCGGCUCCUCACCCUGCCUCGGCCCCCACCGCCCCACCUUGGCCCAACCUGCCCAGCCCACGGCACUAGAUCUCCUCAGACUGGACGCCAUGAUGGACAAGCGUGAGAAUCUGACCUUGCACCCCUCUGUGGCGUGA